AUGAAGCUCAAGAAUAUGCUGGCGCUUGGUCAGGGACAGUGUGGCUCAACUGAACCGGCAACUGAAGCUAUCAGAGCAGCCCAUGAUAUGCGAACAACCCAGCGAGCCGAGCAAAGCACCGGAAAGCGCUCAAGUUUAUCACGCCCGGCUGAAGGCUUGAGGAUCUCUACGUACUUGCACGUGGUCGAAAGUGAGGACAAAGCCGGAUUCGUGACUGGCAAAAUGCUUGAAGGUCAAAUCAAAGUCCUGAACGAGACAUUUGCGCCACAUGGCAUUCAAUUUGUUGUCAAGAAUGUGACACAUACCCUCGAUACCAAAUGGGCCUCCGCGACCCGUCUUAGAGAGAAGGACCUUGCCCUUCGCCAGGUUAACUACGAAGAGCUUAACAUAUACUUUGAGACAGGCCUGAUGACAACAGAAGGGUCUGUAAUAGGCAUCUGCAGUCUUCCUGUCGAAGAUCCUGUCAAUACUGGCAUCAACGGAACUUCAUGGGCCAUUUAUGACAGCUGCCACGUGAGUCCAGGAACCAUGCCAGGUGGACCAGGUGUACCAUGGAUAUCAAGGGAUGACGAUAAAGACAAGACUACAACUCAUGAAGUUGGCCAUUGGUUCGGUCUAUUCCAAGCUUUUGGAGGAUACAGUUGUACAGGCGAUGGUGAUUUCAUUGAUGAUACUCCUGCGAUUCUGGAAGCUUCUGUUGGUUGUCCAAAGGGUGAGGAUUCUUGCCCUGAUCAGCCGGGACUUGACCCUAUUCAUAAUUAUAUGGACUGUAGCAGUCAUGACUGUUUACACCAUUGCAAGAAGAGCGCAUGUACAGGUCAUUCAAGACUUUGA